AUGGCGUACGAUUUUGUUUAUAAGAAACAUAGGGGUUGGUUCAAUACCAACAGUUGCACACGAUUUUUUUGGAGGACGCUGGUAAUCACGCUCGAUUCGAUGAUUACACUCGUAAGAUUUCUGAUAGAUGUCGAACAGAAGAUAAUCUGGAUGCUUAUGAGCAGCAGGGUGCGGGUGAAGAUCUCUACAAACAUAUUAAACACUGGAGCAAAGGCAGUGUGGAUGGUGGUCCAAGUUCCGAAAGAAUUGUCGUCAAUUGGUUGUCCAACCAAGUCAACUACGAUUGAUGGGAAGGAAACGAUCAUAAUGGUGCCACCAAGAUUGCUCUUUGUUCAGAAAUCAGGCGCAUCCUUAUGGCAAACCGUAUUCUCCACCGCUCAAUCCAAGACAUUCGGGGAAGAAUAUCCUACUUUCAUAAAAAGGCUCAAACAUACCUUGGGACAACAAGGUCGGUCUCAACCUGAGAUUAGUACCAUUAUUACAGAGAAAACAAAAGUCAUAUUUGUCUACUUUGAUGAGUUUUAUCUGACAAUUGGUCAACGACCAUCAAUUGUAUGUCUUAGACUUUCAAAGUUGGGAUGUAUUGGCCUAUUUACAACGGAGUUUACCCGGUUUUUACGAUAUUGA